UAUCAAAUUUGCUGCUUUGGACUGGAUUUUUUUUUCUCCCCCAAAAAGUGUUUUUUGGGGGUUGCACUGACUCUGACGUCACCCCCCUCUUCUACCUAGACACGCACCAAUGCCGUAUUAUUUGGUGCUAAUUGAGAUUCCCACGUGACCCACCGAUGAGUGGAGUGAUGCGCACAGGAUUUGCGGUCUUAAAUACACUCCAGGAUUCAUAAGGAGCGACGUGCAAAUAUAGAUACCAGAGGAGGAAGCAUUCCAAAGCUGUACUGGACAGGAUAAACAAGACGAUGAUGUCAAGAAGAAGAUUGUCGCUCAACUUUUGUCACAUGCCUAAGUUUUCUUUUUAACGGCUUUUGAAAUAAAGCUGUCUGUGAGCAACAUCCAAGAAAAAUUAGUAAGUGCAUGGUCCCUCCCCAUUAAGGUGAAAUUGACAGUGCUCAUUUCAAUAAGUGCCCACUAUUAUUCAUCUUUGAUGCAAAUACAUGAAAUUUGGAAUUAGAUAUUAAAACCGAAUCAAAAUACAUCUGAUAAACUAUGAUUUUUGGUAGUGUUUUUGUUCGGCUCAAAUAUUUUUGAUCUAAAUCACUACAGUGUUAAAGCUUCAUUUUUCUUAUCGUUCUAACCACAGACUUUUAGUUUUUUUUUUUCUUUCUUUCUUUUUUUUUUUUUUAAUCGCCCCUGGACACAUCAUCAUUUUUCUAGGAGCUUUUCAUCUGCCUUGUCCCUCUGGCUCUCUGCCAUUUGGUCUUUCUAAUCUUUCAGUAAACUGGUACCACCAAAACACUCCUCUUGCUCACAUCCUUGUCCACCUUUUCACAACGUAUCCGUUUCCUGAGAGGCUUCACCCUGGCGGGCACCAUUCCAGUCAAGGGGGAGGAAGACUUCCUGACACUGGCCGCUUCGCGCCUCAGCCGAAGGAAGCGUGUGAUUGGAGCGGCUGUCGGUGUAGCCAUGGUUUUAAUUCUACUAGUUGCCAUUCCCCUGCUGGUCCACACAACCAAAGCAGGAAACACGGCAAGUGAAGGGAGCCAUUAUGAAAUGUUGGGAAGCUGCCGAAUGGUCUGCGAUCCCUUCACCACCUCUCAGCCGGGCCAGGAAUUAACAGCGGUGUCUCCGCCACCCCAGGAUUACUCUGGGAAGAAGAUCAAGUCCGGCAUCCGAGGACCUCCUGGGAUCCCUGGCCCCCAGGGAGCACGCGGGCCCCCUGGGGAGCCAGGCAAGCCGGGGCCACAAGGUCCUCCCGGUCCAGGUCCUGGCGGCUACUCUCCCUCCCUCUACACCCCUAAAAUAGCCUUUUACGCAGGGCUUCGCAAGCAGCACGAGGGAAGCGAAGUGCUGAAGUUUGAUGAUGUGGUAACGAACGUGGGCAACUACUACGAGCCCAGCACUGGCAAGUUUACCUGCCCCUUGCCUGGCAUUUACUUCUUCACCUAUCAUGUGCUCAUGAGAGGAGGUGAUGGUACUAGCAUGUGGGCGGACCUGAAGAAGAACGGGCUGGUCAGAGCAAGUGCCAUCGCUCAGGACGCCGAUCAAAAUUACGACUACGCAUCCAACAGUGUGAUCUUGCAUUUGGAUGUCGGCGAUGAGGUGUGCGUGCAGCUGGAUGGGGGCAAGGUCCACGGGGGAAACACAAACAAGUACAGCACCUUCUCUGGAUUCCUCAUCUACCCAGACUGACCAACAAAAGUACACUUUUCGGCAAGUCAUACACAUGCAUACAGACUUCAACAGGCAUACAACUCAACACACAUGCAUGUGCACACAAACCUGCACACAUGCAUGCAUAUACACACUCAAGUCAGUAUUAACAUAACUGAGAGGACUGAGGUGAUGAAAAAAGGCAAAUUACAAAUAAGUUGAUUUAUAUGGGAGACAUGAAACAUCCUUUGUGUGUAACUUGUGGCUCUAAAAUAUACUAAAUAUUCUAAUGUGAUCCAUUUGCACUUAAGCAAAUAUCAAAAAUAAUGCCAUAAUUCAGAUUGUUUAUGCAAUAAAUGCAUUCCCAUUCAUCAUGUGGAAAAUGAUGUUCUUUGCACUUAACUACAGUCAUUUAUUCUGCUCUCUGUUGAUACAUGUGCAGAAUAAACACCUGAAAACAAUCCAGUGCCAUAGACAUAUCGGGAGAAUAUAAAGAAAAAAAACAACAAAGCCUAAAAGGAUUAUAAUACAGUAAUCAGCUGUGAUAGGUACCAUCAGACAUGUAUUCACUCAACAAUAUGCAUAUUUUUGUGAUUGUGUCAUUCUAUGUUGUUGCUGUCAUAAAGCAUGUUUAUUCGGACAAUGCGUUUAUGAAAGAGUCAAUCACAACUGAAUACAGUAUUAUAAAUGCAAAGGAAAACUACUGUAUUGUACUAAAGUACACCCUAUGUUGUAAAUUGUGAGUCUGUCCCCUUCUGUUUACAACACAUUUAGAACCAUUGUCUUUUACAAGCCAAACACGAUUGACUUUUUAUAUGUUCGAAAGUACCGUAAACAAAUAAUCACAUUUUACAAUUCACAUUUGUGUAUUCCGAUGUUCUGCGUAUGCGUGUUGUGUAUGAAACGGAUGCAGUAUAUAGGACCAGCAAAAUGCAGUUUUACCCAUGUUAAAUGUUGUACAGUACAUUACACCUUCACAGACCUUAUUUUUCUUGUUUUCGCUUUAGGAAUAUGCCCACAUUUAAUGGUCUAUCUGCUACAGUAUGUUGAAGAGGUUGGGUAAACAA